AUGUGUCUAUUGCGAUGCAAAGGAUCAAAAUCAGCUGACUGCUCAAAGGUGACAGAUAUCAACGAAAGAAAACAAAUAUUGGCAAAAAAGCGCCGCUGUUUCAACUGUACCGGAGAAGGGCAUAGAGCAGCGGAUUGUACCAGUAAAAUAACCUGUCAACAUUGCGAGAGAAGACAUCAUACUUCUUUGUGUGAACAAGCAAUGGGGAAGAAAACCCUGAUGACCGCAACAAAAACCAACGAAGGAGUCUUUCCAGUCUUGACAGUGAAAGUUAAUGGGAUCAUGUGUAAAGCAUUAGUUGAUUCUGGAGCUGGCAGCUCAUAUGCAUCUGCAAAGUUGGUAAGUGUCCUUGGCAUAAACCCUGUUGACAUAACAACCAAACAAGUGGACAUGCUCCUGAGUAGUAGUGUAGAACGUCUGAAGACCUAUGCAACUAAAGUGGAGUCCCUCGAUGGAGAGUUUGGGGUUGAUAUCCAAGAUGGUGACACGAAGGCUCAGCUUCCAGUACAUGUCGUUCUUGGGGGAGGGGAGUAUGCCAGAAUAAAAACAAAGAAUCGUCCCCGAAUAGGCAAAGAUGGCGAACCUAUCGCGGAGUUGACCAAGCUGGGAUGGUUCGUGAUGUCCCCUGGAAAGGAAUUUGAUCACAAUCAUAUGUUACUAACACAAACCACUCAAAAGGAUUAUGAGACGUUGUGCCGGUUAGAUGUUUUAGGACUUGCCGACACCUCAGAACACGAUCAAAUCUCAGUGUAUGGAGAGUUUAAGGAACAAUUGCUCAGGAGUUCAGAAGGUUCGUACGAGUUUUUUCUACUGUGGCGAGGUAACCAUCCGCCCUUACCAUCCUACAAAGAAGGAAGUUUGCGACGCCUCAACAGUCUUGUAAAGAGAUUAGACAGGGAAGGAAUGGCCAGUGAGUAUAACAGGAUUAUUGACGAACAAGUCAGCAAAGGGGUGGUUGAACUUGUAACUGAGCCCCCAGUGGGUAGGGAGUUCUACUUACCUCAUAAACCCGUGAUACGUAAAGCUGCACAAACAACGAAAAUCCGUGUAGUUUACGAUGCAUCCGCUCGAGCGACUCCAAGUGCUCCAUCCUUGAAUGAUUGCCUCUACCCAGGCCCGCCGUUACAGAAUAAGCUUUGGAGCGUAUUGGUUCAUCAUCGCUCAUUUCCAGUUGCACUUUGUGGAGAUAUAGAAAAGGCAUUCCUCCAGAUCCGAAUAAAAGAACAAGAAAGAGAUGCCUUACGGUUUCACUGGAAGAUUGACAGUCAACUUGAACCCUUGACAUAUAGAUUCACAAGAGUCGUCUUUGGCCUAACUUGCUCCCCAUUUCUGCUUGGGGGAGUGUUAGAGCAUCACCUAGAAACUUGGAAAACAAAGAUGCCAGAUAUCUGGGGGACAAACAGUAGACGAAGCCAAGGAAAGGCCCGUGAGCUUGAAGCAGAUGAAGAAGAAAAGGAUGAUGAAGAAGAAACUUUAGCAAAACAACAACUUGGAACAAAAUCUGGAGAAUCUAAAGUUUUGGGACUGUUAUGGAAAAAGAAAAGUGACGAGAUUUCCAUAGUGAUCCCAUCAGAGAAAUCGGCAAAAACGAAACGAGAAGUACUGAGUAGAUUGGCUCAGGUUUAUGACCCUUUGGGAAUUACAUCACCCUUAAUUCUAGAGGGAAAGAUAAUUUAUCGUGAUAUCUGUAAGGAGAAGCUCUUGUGGGAUGUACAGCUAAGCCGUUCUUUGAAGUAUCGAUGGGACUGCUGGGAGAGCAAUCUUCCCUGUGAAGUAAGUGUUCCGCGAUCAUUAGCUGGGUUCCGAGAACCAAUCAAGUCUUUAGAGCUGCAUGCAUUCGGGGAUGCUAGCACACAAGGUGUAGGAGCUGCAGUGUACUCAGUUAUUCAUCAAGAAUCGGGAACUACUCAAAUUCUAGUUGCUGGUAAAAGUCGUCUGGCAAAAGAGGACCUUACUGUUCCACGGCUAGAACUUGUGUCAGCCCACAUGGCAGCGAACCUUCUCGUGAAUGUGCGAAACGCUUUGGAUCAUUUAUCGCGGCCGCAAAGUUUUGCAUGGCUAGACAGCACUGUCGCCUUGCAUUGGAUACUUGGACGGGGCCAUUAUAAGCAGUCUCAAACCGUGUCCGUAAGAUACACCAACAUCCUGAAAUAAAAUGGCGAUAUGUGCCCACAUCCGAAAAUCCUGCAGAUUUGGCCAGCAGGGGUGGGAAAUUAAAUCAGACGUGGCUCUACGGUCCAGAAUGGUUAUCUGAUAUGAGCAGAUGGCCAAGUAAUAUAACCACAA